AAAAAGCUUGUGAACAGAGCGAAUCGAAUGUACAAUCAUGACUCACCUGCCGACAAUGCUGACGCUUCACCAUCACCGCUGUUUGGCUUGAUAUAAAUGUCUCUCCCAGAUUCUGCAUUUUGGAUGAUUAAUCGGGACAUUUGUAAAGAGAGUAAAAAAUGCGUAGUACUGCGAUUUCAAGGAAGCAGGAUAAAUUUUACGAUGCUGGGAGUUUGCCGACCAAAUUCCCAUUCGAUCGUUGGACUGGGAGUAGCGGUGUUGGCUAGUGACUCAAAAGUGUCCUCUUAGCGGGACCAGGAAACUUGAAUAAACAGCAUCCAGAUAUCUGGAGGUGGUUGAGAGCCCAGUGCCAUCAGUUCUUGAAUGAUGUUGGAGCACCAGUCGGCGACUCUACUGCCCCCGGCUCUGAACAACAGUAGCUGUUGGCCGGAUGGUGCAUCAAAAAUAAUGUGGCCGACGCCGGGACCGGGGGAGCUCAUUCGUGCUGCUCUGAUACUGGUGCUAAGUCUGGGAAUACUAUUUGCUAAUCUUCUCGUCAUUUGUGUCAUCAACAGCCGUCGUUAUAGUAAAUACAUUCAUGCUCAGCCAAAAUAUCUGUUGACAAGUCUCGCGAGUAAUGAUCUCGCCAUUGGAAUAUUGGUAACGCCUUUCGGAUUCCUCCCAGCUAUCUACGGCUGCUGGCCGUACGGUGAAGUCGUCUGUCAAAUUCAGGCGCUAUUGCGUGGUGCUCUCACUCAACAAAGUGCCGUCAUCCUCGUCUGCAUGGCGAUCGAUCGUUACGUGUGUAUGCUCCAUCCACACCGUUACUACCGUCACUCUUCGAAAAAGUACUACAUGCGUCAGGGUUGCAUGGCUGUGAUGUCUACUACUUGGAUAGCCAGCGUUGCGAUAUUUGGAAGUCUUGUCUUACCCAGCGGCGGUUAUUACUUCAAUAGCUCGGGUCUUCUCGCUUGCGAUCCUUUCUUCGCAAAAGCAUCUUUCAGGAUAUUGGCCUGUUGUUGCUUUUAUUUCCCAACAACUAUGGUACUGAUGUACUGCUAUGGGUCCGCGUUCCAUGUUAACAAAUUGAGGAUUAAACGAGUCGUGUGUGUUAAUGCACCGGAGAUUGUCAGCGGUGGAAAUAUCGAGAGGUUCGUUGCCCACGAGAGACGAUUAUCAACAUCGGUAUCCCGGACAAUGGCAGCUAUGAGCCUGGGAUUUAUCGUUAUGGUAACACCAUGGACAAUUCAAGAAGUCGUUGUUGCCUGCACCGGAAGUAAACCACCGCCUUUCCUUGAUUUUCUCGCAACGUGGCUCGCACUGUCGAACAGCUUCUGGAAUCCAUUUCUCUACUGGCUGCUCAACAACCACUUCCGGCGAAUUUCACGAGACAUAUUUUAUACGAAGAUUUUGUGCAGAAAAAAAUUCAUGGAAACGAAGCAACAUUGUUGUGCCACCAGCACCGGUGGCCUGGACAUAAACAGCAUCGGGGGCUUUGAUUUAUCAGGUAUGGAUCGUUGCUCCUUGGACCAGUGCUCAAUAGCCCGAUGCUCAACACCAUCAUUGAUUCACACACCACCGCCACUUCCCUGGGAAUCGAAUAACAGUUUAUGCAAUAGUGAAUUGUCAAAUACGUGAGGUAGAGACGUCGCCACGCAGACGGAGGACGUUUUGUCACCCGAUGAAACUAGUUAGUAUUGCGUGGCGACGGUAUUAUUAGUGUCUUAUGAACAACUUUAUCAGCGUGUGGAUGUUAGUACUGAAGUUGAUAGCUAUUCCCGAGUUAUUGAAAUUUCGAGAGUCCGGGGUGUGGAAUACACCUGGCAUCACGAGCCUGAUGCUCGUGGAGAUAGAUUGACUAACGGUAGUGAGAGUUAUUAGAGUGAUUAUGAGCCCAGAGUAUUCAACGAAAGCCAUUUUAUAAGUGAAUAGUAAUCGAGGGGCUGCACAUUCUUAAAUCGCGGACGGAGAGAAAAGUCGGUAAAAAUUACUGUGCCGCACAGAGAGAAAAUUUCCGUUCAGUAAAAAUUACGUAGCUUUUUCGUUAUUCGGGAAUGAAGUAGUGCGGAUAUAGGAAAUUUUACCGAAUGAUCCUGGAAAUAUUUCCGAAAUUUCCGUCAUUUUUCUCUGAAUUAUCUGGUAAAAUCACGAUACGGUCAGGAAAAAUUUCCAAGUUCAUUACCUAAGCAGUUAGUGAACUGCGAGUUUCGUAUUUUUUUCCGAAUAUUUCUGUCCACAUAAAGUGUCCUAUCAAUACCGUAAAUUAGAUAAUUAAUGAUAUGUGACUUCGUAAAAUUUACUAAACAGCACUAUAAAAUUUGAAAAUUAUUUUUCAUUUGAAGUUGAAUGAAAAAUCGAUAGAAAUCUCGUAAAAUUCUUAUCUGAAUCAGUUUAUUUUAUUGUGCCUUCUUUAAUUUUUUACUGAACGCCGAAUGUAGCCGAGUAUUGCCGACGUUGGACUUCGUCACAGGAAAUAUUAUUAUUGCACGAGACUUUGAAUUUUCACGAGGCCCAUAUAGAGGUUAUCCCAAGUCGAUAAAGAAAUUUUACAGAUCGUCCUAGUAAUUUUUCUCACUCCUGCAAUUUAUACCGAAAUUAUAACGCAGCAAAAAAAAUUCGAAGAUAAUUAUAAUCAGAGAGAAAAAAACCCGGUGCAGCACAGUAAUUUUUAUCGGAAUCACAUGAUAAAAAGUCUCAGAUAUUUCUCUCCGUGCACCGCACAGCAAUUGUUCGAUAACUCAUUGUGAUUGGUUAACGAUGAGCCCCGAAUAUAUCCGAUUAUUGCCGACGUUGGGCACCGUCAUGGGACCUAUUGCAUCAGCCGUUUAACGUCGCCCACUAGACUUUGAAUUUUUACGAGGCCGAUAUAGAAGUUUUCCCUAGUCGAUAAAGAAAUUUUACUGGGCCGCAUAGUAAUUAUUCUCAGGCUUGCAGUUCGCGUCGAGAUUGUAAGACAGCCCAGUAAUUUAUAUCGGAAUCACAUUGUCGAAGGUCACACGUAAUCUAGGAUAUGCGAAAUUAAAUUUCAUGAUAAGUGCGAGUUUAAAGUGAAAGUGUACAUAACUUGUAAUAUUUUUUUGGUAAAAAUUACCCCCUCGCAUUAACACUCAUUAUUGGGGACAGGUUGUUUUAUCAUUUGCCCCCAACCGUUGACAAUUUGUACGUCGUAUUUUGUCGUUUCCUCGCGAAGGUCACAUCGUCGAGUCACGGAAAGAGACGAAUCGAGGGUUAAUGCGACCCGACAGCUCAGCUAUUUUGUUAUCGAUUGUGUUAUCGAUUAUCGAUAAAUUUUCUUUCUCAUUGUUAUUUUACAUCGCUUCGAUCGGUUUAGCAUAUGCUGCGAUGGACUUCGACUUUGAAUUGUUAGAUCGCACCACUUUACCCGGCCGGGUCUUCGACCCGAAACCUUUCGCACGUCAGGUCACGUACUUACCGACCGAGCGAAGCCUCAGGGCUAACCCAUGGGUUUGUACAGUAUAAAUGAACAUUACCAAUGUGUUGAUAACUAGAAUUCUCAUUUUGACAAUGUGAAUACACUGCCUUUUGAUAAUAUUGAACCAACAUUAUUGGUGUUGAUGAAUUAUGGAAGUAAUUGUCUAGUUGUCUGAGAAUAUUUAUCUGUAUUCUCUGUAUCGAAUAGAGAAAUUGUGCAGCUCCACUGGAAUCCGUGAGCUCCUCUGGAUUCAUCGAAAGUAUUCGAAGGAAAAAUUCGGAAUUUAAGUAGUCGCGGGCACGAGUCUGAUCACCUUUAGGGGGCGUGCGACUUACCAUCAGAGUAAAAGUUUCAGUCUCAUUAUUUUUUAGGGUGAAUUUUUUUUUUGGAAAAAUGAAUUCUCAUGCCAUCGAGAACGAUGUUACACAGAACCUAACACUUUGUGUUUUCCAAAAUAAAUAUUUUAUCCCAUAAAAUAAUCGGAUUGGAAUUUUUACUCUGAUGGUAAGUUAGAUGACGACUUGAGAAUUUCUGCGUAAUUUGGGUACGUUAUUAAUUUGUUUGGAAGCAAAAUUCCGGUUCAUCCAGAAUUUUGCUAUUUUCAUAUUUUUAAGGAUUUUUCAUGACUAAAAAAAAUUAUUUCAGUAAAUGCUAUGAAAAAUAUCUUACUUCAUAUGGUUUAUAUGGUAUAUGGUAUAUGGUAUUUGUAUGGUUUGAAAUGUUUGUUUACAAAAAAAUGGAUAAAAGGACCUAACGAAUUCGCUCGAUAGUUCAUCUCAAUUUUUGUGAACCUUUCCAUGAACCUUUGGCGGCGUCUAGUGAUAUGUUCACUAGAAAAUAGUAUUCAGAAGUCAAUGAAGUGGGGACUUAAUAUAUUGACUGUAUGUUUUCGUUUGAAUUUUUUCGAUUCGAUCCUCCGAGUUUUUUCAUUUCAUUUUUGGGUCAUUUUUCAUCGGUAAAAUAAACCAAAAAUCUUCCAAAAUUAGCGCAGAGAAAAUCAAAUGAAGGAAAAAAUAAUUUUGUUAUGGAAAAUUGUUCAAACAAACAAAAUUGAUUGCAGUUAUUUAAAUAUUGGGUAAAUAUAUUCUAUUUGAGUAAUUUGAAGAUAAUUACUAGUCAAUUACAGAUCAUCCGAUAAUUACGACUUGAUCUCAUAUUUAGCUGUCAAUUCAACACGAGAUCGUGACACGAAAUAAUCGAUAUCUCGAAAGUUUAACGUACUUAUUCCUGGUUGGUUCAGCCAUUGGUUCUGAGGCGGCUAAUUUGAAUUUAGAAUUCAUUUAAUUUUGAAGUUUUUAAUCAAAAUUUUUAUCAUCACAACCCGUUUUCAGUAUCGUCCUAUUCUAAAAAGGGCAAACAUUGAAAUUAUCGAUAUCUCGAAAGUCUCUCACGGUUUUUUCUCAUUGGUUUAGUCUGAAUAGACUAAUGUGAAUUCAGAACUUAAUUAAAUUUCGUAAUUAUCGAUCAUGAUUGUUACAAUUACAGCGCACGUUCUCUCUCGUCCCAUUACAAAGAGGACAUUAUAAAGAGGAUAUCGAAACUAUCGAUAUUUCAAUAAUCUGUCUCGCUGAUUCCUUAUUGGUUCAGUCGUCUGAAGCGGGUAAUUUGAAUUCAGAAUAAAUUUAAUUUCGAAAUUUUUAAUCAAAAUUUUUAUUAUCAUAAUGCGUGUUCAGUCUCGUCCUAUUCUAAAAAGGGCAAAUAUCGAGACUAUCGAUAUCUCGAAGGUCGUCUGUGCAAUACGGUAUUUUCAAUAGACGAGACAUAGCCGCGCGCCACCGCGCGCGAUUUGGUUAAUCUUAAUUGUUGUGAUAUUUUUUAUUUAAGUCACAUUUGCGGUGAGCGCACCUUAUUUUAACUACUGUAUGAGUAGAGCAGUUGAAUUAUAGGGAUAUAAAAAGUCAAUGUAAUAUUUAAAUUCAAAAUAAUUAUACCAAAAUGAUCCUGAAGUAAUGGCGUAUGACGUUGAACACGUCAUCAUUUGGUAAACAUGGAUCUUUAAAAAUUGCUGAUAUAUUCACAGCUGAUCUAUUUCCCACUUGUAGGCAACAUGCAAAAUUUUAAAUGUCUUGAAGCUGUAAGACGACUUGGAAAAUACAGGAGUUUCGAUAACAUAUAGAUAUUUACAUUUGAUGAGUAACUUGUUUCAUUUCCAUUUUCUAACAAAGUUUUUAUUUUCUACUAAUUAACUCAUCCUUUGACUUGAUUUACUUGAUACUUGUGUACUUGUGAAAUUCAAAUUUUGCCACUGUGAAUGUAUCUACCAAUCACGAAUAAGUGUUACGGAAUUUCGAUAUGUUCGAUUCGAUUCGAGAUUUGAGGUGUAUGUCCUUUUUACAAAAGGAAUAACGUCUCAUAUUCAACGAAAUACACAGAUUAGAUUCCCCGUUCACGGAAAUAAAUUUUAGGUAAAAAUUAGCUCUGAAGGGUGAAACAAGGGACGAGGGAUGAAGAUUAGUUUUAUCGCAAAAAUCACCCUCCCAAGUCCAUUUUUCCCCACAAAACUUAACCUAAAAACCGGUUGAUCGUCAUUCCCUCCCACGUUUCGCCCUCUAGAGGUCUAAUUUUUAUCCAAAAUUUCUUCUCGUGUACAGAACUCAUUUUUACCAUCAACAGCGAAUUCGUCAGGUUCCACCAAAUAUUCACUAAUUUUCCGAAAUUGAUGAAAUAUGAAACUUGAAGAAACCACCAAAACUCUACAAAAACAUCUGGAAAAUUUUGUUGUGAAGUCUUCUUUGACAUUCCAAAAUGUCAAAUGCAAGUUCUUCAGAGCGAUGAUACCCCGCCCCUGAAAACAGAAAUUUCAUGAUAAAAUAACUUGUGCCAGAACGAACAAUUAUGAAAUUUAUAGACUGAACAGUGAUGGUGCUAAGGCGACACUGUAAUAACGACCCACCACAAUUGUGGAGAAUGUUCUUAUCCGCUGAGUUCCAUUUAGAAAUGGAUCAUUAUCAGCGACACCAGCUGUAUCUACGCACACUGAGGAAAAUGAACCUCCUGUUCCUCUCCUCCUCCCCGCCCCUCUAGUAGAAUAAGUGCCGAUAGUGUCAGCCGCUGAUGAGGGAGAAUUAUUGCUAUUCAGUAAAGAGUUUUAUCACUUUAUCACACGACAUAUAAAAUAUUAUGAAGUGAGAGAACACACGGAGAGAAAAGUCCCAUAAAAAUUACUGUUUCGGGCCCUGAAUGGAGAUGUAAAAUGUUAGAAAAUUGUAAUAUGUUUUAUUCACAAAUAAAAAUUCUUAUUAAUAAUAUAAUUUUUGUAGUACAUGAUGUGAUUAAUGGUAUGUGGUUUCGUAAAAGUGAAGGAAUAGCACUAAGGGAACGAUAUUUUGGAGGGAAAUUGGGCCCGUAGAGGGUCAACCGUGGAGUGAAAUGAUGAUUAACCAGUUUUUAAGUGAAGUUUUGUUGGAAAAAUUGGACUUCAGACCCGAAUUUUUGGGAUAAAACUAAUCUUCGUCCCCCGUUUUGCCCCCUGGAAGUCCAAUUUUUACCUAAAAUUUGUUUUCGUGUAUAAAAUUUGAAAGGCUAUCACGAGGGGCGCUCAUUUGAAAAUCUGAUGACACAGAUAUUGACGAUUUCAUAUGAUUUCACGGAAGUUUUUCAAGAAUUUCACGACUUCAAUUGAUUUUAAAUUUUCGAUUGCACGAAUUCCAUAAAAGGGAGGGAAUUAAUUUAGAGAUCUCUUGCCAUUUUUACUUCGUGACAUACCACAGAUGAGUUAAAAAUAGUAUAUCGUGGUUCUGGGGAAAAAGUAAUUGUGACACGUGAAUGAUAAUCAUAUUAAUUAGUAAAUAUUUAACUCUCAUGUGGCUCAUUAUAUUUUACUAUUUUAGGGACUGAAAAGUGCGAUUCGAACUUCGCUUCGCUCGACUAGAUCGCACUUUUCAGUCCUUAAAGGAUCAAAAUGACUUCCUUAU